AUGUCGACCUACAGCAUCUACGUCACCAACAACAGUUGGAAAGUCCAGACUUAUUAUGUCUUCUGCGCUUUACCCGAAGUCAGCGGCGCGUCGUCUACCUCCAACCCCUACAGCAAUGUCUUCGCGGCCGGUCGUCCUGUGAACAAUGACGGAUCGGUUCAGCAGUUCACCAUCACCGACGAUUCCUUUGCUAUUCACUCCAACGUCUCAAUGUCCCUUGACGGUGAUAGCAAUAUCGAAGUAGCUCCAAUCACUGUUUUGAAUGGAGGCCCAAUGUUUGGUACCUGCACCGCUGGCUCUCCAGCUGGUAGCUUUGAGAUCACCGUUGGAGCAUACGACGCAGUCCAAUAUCCUGAUGUGUGGUGUGGUUUCGGCAAGACAAGCGCUGGAGACUCUGACGCAGACACAACUCCAGGCGUCAGCGUCGCUGCUUGUUGGCAAGCGGAUCCUAAAGCAACAUUCAUUGUGACACCUCACGUCAACUUUUAUAUCGCGACUGGCGAUUUCACGAAGGGUCAAGUAGUUAAUGUUACGGAAAUUGGAGCUAAGGUUGAGAUCGACUUUACCGGUCGGCAUGACAGAUAUGCUGUUGUCACUCAUGGGACAGAUGGUAACUUUACUGUUCAGCUGCAGCCAAACCCUCCCAGUUAG